AUGAGGGCCAAACGUUCAAAGAAGUACCGUAAGAUCAUGCAUCAGUAUGAGCUUACGUUCGGUUUUCAUGAGCCUUAUCAGGUUCUGGUCGACUCGAAUUUCCUCCGCGCAGUACAUCAAUUCAAAAUGGAACUUAUACCUGCUUUAGAGCGAACGCUGCAAGGCAAAGCCAAGCCAUUUCUAUCAAAAUGCUCACUCGCGGCGAUUAUGGCCGCCCAACCCAUCAACCCCAAAACGAAUAAACCAUACAGACCCUGGCACCUCCCUCCACCAACCGAGCUACCACUCCGACACUGCUCGCAUAACGAUGACAAUACCCCGAUUGACGAAGUCGAAUGUCUUUUAUCCCUUCUCUGCCCGAACACAGAUACUAUGCGCAAUAAAGAGCAUUAUAUUCUCGCGACCGCAGAACCUGUCGCGUUACCGCACGACGACGUGAAAUCAGAUAACCCCAAGACACGAAGGCAGGCGGAAGCAUUGAUGGAGGAACGCAGCGAAAAGGCGCUUGCUCUUCGAUCUGCCGCGCGCGCAGUGCCCGGCGUACCGAUCAUAUACGUUAAGCGAUCAGUCAUGGUCUUGGAGCCGUUUAGUACGCCGUCCGAGAAAGUCCGCUUGGGAGUCGAGAAGAGCAAAUUCAAGAUUGGCAUGGAGGCGGCGUUGGACGUGGUGAGUGGACUGAAACGCAAGAGAGACGAUGAAGAGGAUGGGCCGUCCGCGCCCUCUAAAGAUCGACAUGCGAAAAAGGCGAAAGCGCCGAAUCCGCUUAGUAUGAAGAAACCGAAGAGACGAGAGAAGCCCAAGCCGGAUGAGCAGGGAAAGAGGAAGGAGAAGAAGCGAGAAGAAGAAAGCCGGGAUGAUACCGCUCAAGAUACUGUGGCUGAUGCUGAGGGCGAACAGGCAGUCAAGAAGAAGCGUAAGAGGAAACACAAAAGUGCAAAAUCUGAGAUCGGCGCUGUCGAGGUUGGCGACGGCUCUGGGCCCGAUGAAGGUCCAGUGUCGGCAGAUGAGUGA